AUGGUUGAUGGGGAAGUUAUGGAACGACUUUGGUCGUACCUUCGGCUAUUUCGUAAGAUGACCAAAGAAAUGACCACCAGUCACCGAGAAGAUAUACUGUCCGAUGCUUUGUAUUUUUAUGCAAAGAAACAAAGAUCAAAAAUUGGUAUACAUAUACUGUACAUGCACAGUGCAUUUUUUCUGCAAAUAAAUUUAAUAUAUACCUUCUAUCUGUCCAAUAUAGUUAUGUUAUUAAAUGCACAAAUGCAGCGGUGUACUGAACUUCUCUCACAUUCAACUUCAGAGAUAGAAGAGUUACGAGAAAAUUCUCCAGGUAAGUAUACCGAACAAUGCAUGUGCAGUACAGGUAUCUGUCUCCAGAAUUUUUUAAUCAUUUGUUAUUGGGUGAUAAAACAAGUGUAUUCUACAGGAAUAUGACCAACAAAUCGAAUUUGGUAUUUCUUUUAGUUCUAAUUACCGAGGAAAUGAUAAAUCAAUGGAAGGAGCAGGAGAGCGACCUUUUAAGAAAAUCUAAGCCUGAUCAUGGUGAGAUAGACACAACCAUAUAUAUAAAAUGAGAGAAUUAUACGUACUGUAAUUUGAAUGCUGGUAUUUUCUCUAAAUUCUGGUUGGAGAGAGGCCUAUCACAUGUUUGUUUGUUUUUAGGGGGAAGGGGGUUUACACAUGAGCUUUGCUGAAACGAGACGAUUUUCGCGUAUAGAAAUAAAUCGUGGGGCGUACAAAUAACUUACAGACAGUUAAACACGUUUUCAAUUUUUUUGUGGCUUUGUUUAGUUGAUCUUGGAGCCCAUGGUUGGAUUCUUCCAUAUUUUUCCGUUUUACGUCAAUAUUACUCCGCAAGGUAAAUUAUUAUGAUCAGAUGUAUAAUGUAUCUGUAUCGUGCUGUAUAAUGUUCUGUGUUGUUUUAUUGUUGUUCACUUGUUCCUGCAUGUCUGCAUGUUAAUGAUAUAAGAAAAAUUGAAAAGACUAAAUACUUGAAUAACUUACAUUUUACCAUUUUUUUAAAGGAACCAGUUAGCAGAUGGUACUGGAGAUCAACAAUCAAGUCACCUUGAAGUUCUAAUGAGCAGGUGCUAUUUCAAAUAUAUAAUAAUGGUAUUGUAUUAUGUCGUGCUCUAGCUUUUCCGCUGCGAAAUGUAGCGCUUUUUUUAUAUUUUCAGCCUCAAUUCACGUUUAAUAAAAAUGGAGGAGGAGCAUGACAUAAAGACAAGAUGGAGUCAGACAGACCAACAGUAUAUUUCAUCUCUGACUGCGCAAGAAUGUGUGAAUGCGAAGCAAACGUUGGACAUGCUGCUAGUUUCCGGACGAAGAAGAUGGUUUCUUCUGUCGCUAAAGAAGAAGUACGCAGGUAUUGUAUGAAAAUCACACCAAGUUGUUAGUUGAGCAUUUUUUCCCAACAAGAACAGUUUCUUCGAUCAAAAUGUGGUUUAUUAAACAGAGAAACUUUACUGAAAUUGUAAGUGAGAACCAUGCAGCCUUUUUUUCUAUGCAAGCUAUUAUACGCAUAUAAAUACUGCCUGCGUUUAUACUAUGCCGUGUUUGCAUGGAAAGUAUUCUUUAUUAAUUAGAAAAGUUAAUAUUGUAUAUAUUAUUCAUUUUUUCAGAGGGUCAAAGGCAAGCAAAAAGACUUGCAAAUAGUAUAACAAAAGAGAGUUCCAAUUUGCGAAGGUUGAUGAAACGUUAUAACUCGUCCGUAGAGAUACUACGUCAAAAUGGUCGCCAAAUGUUCGUCGACUUAACCUGGGAAAAAGCAAGUGAUGUUACCAGUUCAAUUUACACCAUCAACUUUCCUAAUCAAGAUGAAAUCCUGCUUUCGGUGAAAAGAACGGCGGUGGACAUCGUUAACCUCAUAAACCGUUUGUUAGAAGAGGGAAGUUACCUACGGCACGAAAUGGAGUCCUGUAUCAAGACGUUCUACGAUGCAUGUUUGGAGAUUGAGAAUAAGAGUAGUGGUUUCGUAGGGAUGGGAGAUGAUACCGAGGAGUCUAAUGAACUGAAAGGGUUGAACUCUUUAAAGAAGAACGAACUUCACGAGGAACAGAUUAACUUGUUUGUUUCAAGUAAUUUAUUCAAACAGUUCAUAAAAAUUCCAGAUGAAGUCGUAGAGUAUUUACAACAGCAUUCUGAGCUAUCUGAAGAAAAUGAAAAUGGUGAUGAAGUGUAUGACGAAGAGGAGGAGAACGAAGAGAAUGAAGACGUAUGA